AGCCAUCCACAUGAUUUUUCCAAUAAAUAGUUCGGCCGCUGGAGGGGUGGCGGUGUAGAUGUAGAAAUCGCAGUAGAAUUGAAUAUGCACUGGACCACUCUUCUACCAGCGAAAGCCAAAGUAAGCCGGUUUCGAGUACAACGGAUCACCUGAAGGUUGCUCUACCCUGCUAAGUGAUUUUGGGAACAUCAAUUUGAGAGCGAUAUACAAAUAAAAUGCCACUCUUGGCGGAGUUGCAAAAGUUGGUAUUUACCAAGAUAGCGGAGAAGUCCGCAUCGUCGGACGUGGAGACUGCGGACAAAUUAGCCAAGUGUCUCGCCUAUCAAAUGUAAAAAUGUCUGGGUCUGGAAGAGUCCAUGUUUGUCAUGCGUGUCCGGCAUGACUCUCAAAUCUGUCAUGCACGUUACCCAAGAGCGCCACUUUUCUGUCAUGCAGAAACGCAGUUUGUCAUGCAGAAUAGGCAACACCUAGAAGCUCCGAAACUUCUCAUGCUGAGCCAGCACUUGUGGCUUCCUCAUGAUAUGCCACCCAGCAUCACAAGCUGAAGCUUCCAGACCCAGACAUUUUUACAUUUGGUAUCGCCCUUCUGUUGAAGCGGCCGUGCGACGAGGAGAGUCUCCUAAUCGACUUGCACAAGGUGCGCGCUCUGGGGUUCGAAGGGCUAGAUGUGGACUGCCCGGAGCUCCGUGCGGUGUACUGGAAGUUGACGAUGGGUUUAUCCUCUGUAAAAACGGCCCCAAGCCACAGUGAAAAUAGGAAAUUCAUCGCAAGUGAUGUGCACCUCCCACACCGCGUGACAAUAUGGGUACGGGUACCGGUGCGGUAUAUAUUAAACUUGGACGCGCACCCUGCUUGGCUAUUGUAUAAGCCGCGUAGUUACUAAAAGGAAAUAUAAAUUGGCCAUCUUAAUAUCGUGAUUAGAUCACAACUAAUUCUAAUGCCAAAACACGACUAGAAGAAGAAGACUUCUCAUGGGGAUGGGGCUGCGCAUGAUGACAGACUUCCGGUUCCGGGACACGCAGAUGGGCGUGACAAACAUGGGGUGGGGACGUUUUUGCAACGAAUUGGGCUACUUACCGCUGGAAAUAGAAAACUGGGACGAAGUGCUGGCAAAAAAGCGAGCCGAGUAUGUUGCUUUGGUGCGGGAGCUAUGCGCGGAUCCGGAGUUGCAAAGAGCACUGGUGCACUCCAUCCUCGGGGACCCGACGAUCAGUGAAGAUGUUGCUGCUAACACAGCCGCAAGACCGGCGGGCGAAAAAACGGAGGAAGGCAAUAGUUCUGCAGCACGGGAUAUCAUUUCUGCAGAAACUACGCGUGCUGCGCCACCUCUUCAACGAGGACAAAGUGUUGGGAACGGUGGACCUCUUGAGCCACCGGCGGUGGAGAAGACGCUUGUAAACGCUGACCCUGAGCAGGAAGACGAUGGCGUCGAUCCAGAUGGGGGGACCGCGACCCGAUCCGCGCCAAGCGCGAAGGUCGUUGUUUCGCAGGCGGAUCUGGAAAUUUAUGACCAGAUUAACAAGGACGUUAUCGAUGUGACUUCAACGUACUCGAAAAAGUCAUCAAGGCCAGGGAAAAAAAGGUGCUGAAAGGUCCAAAAAACUCUCUUGAAACGCACAGCAAGUUUUUUUCUGUCACUUUCCGCGCGCACGAAGCGACCUGUGGUCAAGAGGUGUCAAGCCGCACUAGAUGAAAGAAAAGUCUGAUGAUGCAAAAAAGUGAAAAGUCUGAUUUUGCAAACAGGUAGUUGGCCGUUCUGUUCAAUAUUGAUAAAUAUUAUCUAAUAUGGUAGUUGACUUUCCUUGAUGAGCGAGCCUUGACGGGUUCGUUUGCAGAUGAUAGGUCUGUUCCGCACGCGACGAGAGCAUACCGAGUUCUUCGCGAAAAGUUUGUUUGGUGACACAGUCAGGGCCGCUCCUCGCGAUGAGUCAGGAGCACUUGUUUCCUCCGCUGUAACGACCCUCCCAGGCCAUAACACGAGCAGCGACUUACAAGGUGGAUCUCUUGGGCGAGGGCCUGCCGUAACAACGAAGAAGUCAGAUGCCGUAAAUGAAGUCCAGUCUGAAAGAACUGGACGAGAAGGAGACGCUUCUGCAAAUUCAUCAAUGCCAACGCCCGGCAAAAAUCCCCGUGCCGCUAGCGCAGAGACGGCGACCAUUCAGACUGAUAAUCCAAGAUUUAAUACUGUUCCCUCCGGGCGGGCUCCUACUCCCGCGGCCCCACUGAGCGCACUUGCGAGCGCAGCAGGCCUGGGUGGCGUUUGCGACAUUUGCAGUCCGAAAACAGGGUUCGAUGCGAUGGGGCGGAUUUUGUUUCUCUACGCGAAGCUCAACCCCGGCAUUCGGUACGUGCAGGGCAUGAACGAGCUGUGUGCGGUGGUCUAUUACCUGUUCCACUCCGACGCGCUCAGCUUGCAUCCGAUAGCUCAGGAGGUUUCACCUCCUGCAGCUGAGGCCCCCCACAACAGGAUGAACGACCUCGAGGAGGCUCCUGCUGGCAACCGCGUGGCAGCUGCCUCAGCGGAGGGCGAGCAGCAGAAAAGCGGAGCAGAUUCUGCGAGGAUGGAUGCGGUAAAGGUGGAGCCACCCCUACACGGAAUUAACCCGACUCGUGAACAAGCUGAUAUCAGCUGGACAAAACACGGCCGCCGCGAUCUCAGUUGUCAAAAUGCGUUCUGUCAUGAGAAUGUAUGAAGAAGCCCUGCUGCAGACGCAGAGACUACGGCUAUGGUAUGACAAGCGUGUGCAUGCAGUGGAGUCAGUCGACAGUAGCCGCAUCGUGAGGCUGUGGUCAGCAACGUUUUUCACGCUAAGAGUACAUGGAGCAGCAACAGGAGGAGCAACAGGACAAGUAGUGUGUGUGGUGCGAAAAUUACGCACACACAAACUUCCUGUUCCUUUGCACUAGGGACGCGCAUCUGCAAAAGACAUUGUAGCUGCAACAAAGAAAGUGUGCGCAAUAGGUCGUGGGCGGGACGUUUUUGCGCAGGACGAUGUGCGAUGUGGGCACUCUGCGAUUUUAACCCUGCGAGCCGUUAUUUGCCAACUUUGUGAAGCUGCUUUGAGUCAUUCGAAUGUUUUACCGGGGGCGACGAAGCAAAGGGAAAGAGCACAGACAGAGCCAAGACGCUCCGGGGCGCUUUUGUUAAGUGCCUGCAAGCUCCGCGCAAAACUGUCGCUAGCGUCGUGAUCUCAGCAGAUCGCGACGCCGGGCUCGUGCUCUCGUUGCCCUUUGCUUCGUCGCUCCCGAUAAAAGUGCCGCCCGCGCGGCGCCGCUCCGGCGGCCACGCCCCUCCACCCCACCCGCGCGUCAGUUGGCCCAGCGAGAAGCGUGCGCGCCACGCUUUGCUCUUGAAUUCGCCUCCUCGCCCUCGCGCGCCAGGCGCCCGCGCCGCGCUGCAACCUUGUGCACCGAAGCCCGCAGGGGGCCCAAUGGGGCAAAUUGCCCCAGGCGUCGCGAUCUGGAGGGAUCACGACGCCCACGGCGGUUUUGCGCGGGGUGGGCACUUAACAAAAGCGCCGCGGGACGCUUUGGCUCUGUGCUCUUGCACCGGCGGCGCUUUUGUUUCCCAUGGUGCGAAAGCUCUUUGCCUCUCGAGCAACACCAACAACGCUCGCGCUCGGUCGCGGUAGAUAUAGCGUUUAGGCAUUCGAGUGCUUAAAUUUACGGAAACGCAGAUUGCAAUCUGCGUGAGCAAAUUUGAAAUUUGCUCUGGGCAAAUUCAAACUUGCUCACGCAGCUGCACAGACAAGCAAUCAGCUUAGCCAUUCGAAUGCUUAACUGCUUGAAAAUAAACAAUCACUUUAAGCAUUCGAGUGGCCGCUAAUUGACUGGUUAUCUUUGAAGCUGUGCGAGCAAAUUUGAAAUUUGCUAGAGCAAAUUGCAAUCUGCGCUUCCGUGAGUUUAAGCAUUCAUAUGCUUAAAUUGCGACUUCUUAGUUUAGGCAUUCUAAUGCUUAAACCUUAUGAACGCGAUUUCCUAGAUUAAGCAUUCGAAGGCUUAAAACAAAGAAUGUGCUGCGCGAUUAAAAGUUUCGCAGAAGCUGCGGGCCUUACCCAAGUAAAUAGGUCGUGGGCGGGGGGACGUUUUUGCGCAGGACGAUGUGCGAUGUGGGCUUGCCUGGCCUAGAUGCCAGCCUAGAUCUCCAGGGAAAUGCCGACCCCCAAAUCAGCCAGCGUGCGCUCGUCAGAAUUGUGGCGACACCUCGCACAAAAUCUGGAUCGGCAUCAAGGUAGAAGGGCCUUCAGCUCUGAAGGCCCGGCGGCUUUGGUUUUGCCAGCCAGACGAAAUACGAACCAAGGCACCACCUGGGCAACUGCCGGGCGGUGCGAAGACGGACAAAGGCGGGGGCUGCGAAAUCUAUGAAACCACGAACCAAAACCCUGAUGUGAAACUUAAUUUUUUCAACCCUUAAGGGUCGUGGGCGGGACGUUUUUGCGCAGGACGAUGGGCGAUGUGGGCACCGCAUCACAGAUUCCAUUUCCAAUGCUUGCAGAAAUGGAAUCUGUAAUGCGGAUUUGCCUCAAGAACUUCUUGAGGAAAAUCCGCAUCACAGAUUCCAUUUCCAAUGCAGAAAUGGAAUCUGUAAUGCGGAUUUGCAUUGGUUCAUUUCUUUGCGGAAGUGCGCGCUGUUCGUGCCUGUCCGGAAGGGCCUCGCUCUUUCGGACAGGCCUCUGGCUCUGUGUCUGCUAUGGUAUUUAGCUUCUGCCUGUCUGGUCCCCACCCAGAAAAAACAGGCCAGAGACCAAAAAGUGUCCAAAAUCUAACACUUUUAGCUCAAAAGUGUUUGACUUUGCUCACUUUUUCGUCCCUUCGCCUGUUCUGGUCCGCCACGAGAACUUUGUGGAGUUGCCCCAAUUGGUGAGGAAAGAUGGCCCGGCCCCUUUUUUCUCCAUGUCUGUGCGCGUCGCGUGUGUGCAUGCGAUGCCAUUUCCACCUAAUGGCUUGGGAAAUUGGACGGAAUAAUCGUCCCAGGUAUCGCAAGCAGUCCCGCCGCGCACGGAUUUCAUCUGUAAGUCAUCUAUUUUGCGCGAAAAUCUUAUCGAAGUAAUCUACAUCCAACAAUAGGUCGUGGGCGGGGGACGUUUUUGCGCAGGACGAUGGGCGAUGUGGGCACUCAAGCUCUAGCGGCGGAGGCAGACACUUUCUUCUGCUUUUCGAUUCUCAUGGGCGAGCAACGGGACUGCUUUCUGAAGUCCCUCGACCACAGCGAGUCCGGGAUGCACGGGCGCAUCGCAUCUCUGAACCAGUUGCUUCGCGCUAUCUAACAGAAAACUACACCCAUGUUAGAAUGAAUGCAGACAAAUUUGUGUUGCGGUUAUUACUGUCACAACCAAGUUCAGCAUGACAAACUUCUUUGGUGCCUCUCACGACCUAGUCGCUAGCUAGCUGCUAGCGAACAUCAGCACAAACUGCACUCUUGACGGCAGUAUAUUGUCUUGUCUCUUACUGGACGGUCUUUGCGUUCUUACAGAGUUUUUAGCGACAGAACUGGAGCACCGCAGACCCAUUUUUCUCCGGUAGUACGUGUGUUCUUUAUCUGUUGGAUACGCGCGCUCGACUACCAGGUUUGGCGACGGUUGGAGUCUAACGCGGUGGAUCCCACAUUCUAUUCUUUGCGCUGGAUUAUGCUGCUGCUCAGCCAGGAGCUGUCUCUGGCGGACACGUAUCCAUCGCAAAUAUGUCUGGGUCUGGAAAGGUUCCAACGUGUCGCGCUAAGAAGUUUCUUGGAUCAUGCAAAGUAUCUGUCUUGCAUGAUUGCCCAAAGUAUGUGUCGACUUUUGACCAAAUUGAGAGGAAGUUUAUCAGGCAGGAUAGGCAUGCUGAGAGAGAUCCAGAGCCAGAUCUCAGAGACGAAUUUGCCAUGCCACCUCCUGCAUUCCAGAACUAGAUGUUGUGAGCCAUAACAUAUAGAACCUGCACGACAGUUCUUGCACUUGUUUUCCAUACCCAGACUGACAUAUUUGCAUUUGAUAACACGGUCCGGCUGUGGGACUCGCUCUUGCAUGACCCAAGCCCGAAUGCGCUGGUCAGCCACAUGCGCACAGAUCUGCACGCCAGCCUCAAUGGUGGAUCAUCCACAUCUACUUCCCAGUCGCAGCACGCGUCGUCCGCAACGAACGGCCAAAGCACUGCGGCUUCAUCUCUCCUAGUAGUCGGUAAGACAACUACACCGCCGCACGAAGUGUUGCAGGUGAGCAAUCCGAUGCUCCCGCGACCUACCAAUGUGCCCGGCAUCUUCGCCGGUCCUGAAGUUGCCGUCCGGGUAUUGGCACCCAUGACUUCUUCCACAGACGGGGGGACUACAUCAGGGGCACGGCCCGCUGGCGGGCUAGGGUUUUCGCCCACCAGCAGGACGACUACCGAAGUCGUAUCAGUUCCGGAGAGUAGUGCAGCUCCAAAAAAUACUAUAUAUCGGGAGGGCAUUCUUGCAACUACGCCAAAGAACAAGAGGAACGGCACCCAGCUAGGACAUCACACGCCGAGUCUAUGCAAGAAAAGAACUGUGUAAAUGAGAGUCUGUCAUGUAAAAAAUCAUGCAGCAUAGUUACUGUUAUUGUUAAACUUGUCAACAUCCUGGCCCGCAACGAAGUCCUCUUCUCAUAGAUAUGCGUUUUAUUAGCGUACUAGCUGCACAUGGCAGGCUGUCUCUGUCAUGGAAGGCUGUAAGAACACGCUUUUUUUCCUGGAUAGAGUCCUACGCCUGCAGAUGAGGAGGUGGAAUUUCAGGCUCCACCCAGCGCUGCAAAAGAACCCGGGACGACGUAUCCUGAGUAAAAACGUACCCACGCCAGAGUUGUAAUGCAGAUUUGCAAAGACAGGAUCAGGAAGACUUGUAAUGCGCAUCCCCAUGAGAGCCAUUCCCAAUCGUGCUUUGAAAUUUGUGAUGCUGUGAACAGGAUGAGCAAAUGAAUCUGUGACGCGGCUGCACUUGCUAACCUGCACUACACUGCAGAGUGCAACUUGUCAUGCGUGACUCAUAAAACUCCUAGGCUUGUGUUGCAAAAUCCUCAUCCUGACUCUGGUGUGGGUAAGUUUUUACUCAGUAUACGACGUGCAGCGUUCUAGCUCCUGUUGCGACGAAAUAUGAGUUAUCCGAGAAGUCAGGACCUGGUGAUAUGCCAGCACCAGUGUCUGGAAGCGGUUCUACGUCCUCGUCUACCAGCGCUGUGAACAAAGUGCAGCACUUCGACCUGGCGCAGCAGGACGAAGACGAAGAUCAGGACCACUUUGCCAAUCCCACGGCGCUCAUGGACGAAGAUCCUUUCAAGCUCUUCGACUCCAAAAAUUACGAUAUUCGCCCUAGCCCGACCAGUACUUCUGAGUCUACCGUUCUUGACCAAGUGCAGCCUAUUUCCGGGCGGCAAACGGCCGGCUUCGUCCCGUCCACCUUUUUUCCGUCCGUUGCCCCAGAGGACACCCGGCCUCGGCCGGGGACCCACGGCACCCCGUUCGCGCCGGACGCCAAUACCGGCGCAGCUACUACUUCAGAAAGGAGCAACCCGGUGACGAUUGCAUCGCAUUCGCAGCUGCUGCUGGCGGGUAGUUCAUCUUCAUCUACUGCCGGUAGCAGUUCUACAUCCGGUCUCACGACGAGAUCACUUGUUCCGUUGGACCACCAUCGUGAUGAAUUUCCGAAAGUGGACGAUCUGCUGCCUCGUGUCCAGCAGCAACCGUUUAUCGUAGAGAAAAGCACGACACCCAUAGAUGCCAGAUAGAAGAAAAGAUUUUAUGAUUUAUGAUUUCACUGCAGUCGCUCUCGCUGCAGCUGCUUCUUGUUGCUUUGCGUUUCCUUUCAACGAAACGAACUUCGCUAUGGCAGGUUGAGUCGCAAGUGAGGCAAUGACCACGAGUCUCCGUUAAUAUGCUAGAAGACCAGGACGAUGGUACAACUAGAGGUGGCCUGAAAUAAAUUUGUCAGACUGAAUACCAACUUGCAAGAGACUUGGAGUCUUCCUUUCUGUGACACGACUCAAAACAGCAUCGCUGCUGUUCUUCAAAAUGGUACUAUGGAUGCGCUUUUCUGUAGGAUGCCUUUUCUGCACUACGUCUGCGUUGCGAUGAUCAUGCGCAUUCGGGAGGUGCUGCUUGCGGGCGACUUCAUCGAAAACAUGAAGAUUCUGCAGAACUACCCACCUUUUUACGUGGUCGAAACGGUCCAAUUGGCGGUCAAACUCAUGCGCCAACACGAGCUUCGGUUACGCGGGCUGGCUGCUGGAAAAUUGCUCCUGUCCGCAGCGGGAACAGCGUUGGCGGAUGUGGCGCAAAAUACUGUUACCGCGGUGGAGAAUCUGGGUUCUAACACCAUCGGUGCUAUCGGGGGCACAAUCACUAACAUAACCGAGAACGAGAAUGUGAAGAGGGUUGGGGAAAAACUGGGACAGAGAGCGGAUCGAUUCGCCAGCUGGCUAGGUGGAAAGAUUCGCACUGUUGGAGCAGCGUUGAAUGAAUGA